CUGAUCUUCGGCUCAAGCACACAGGAAGCGCUUUGUGAACUCCCACAAGGCCAGCUGUAUCUCGUUCGACCCCUCUCGCCAAAGGGCUAUUCCGAGCUUAUAUUCAAGGACUCUGCCAUCCGCAUCCGACGCACCAAUCAAGAGUUCCAGUAUCAACUUGUUGUUCAACGCGUCUUCGAAGAAGGCGAGGCUGAGCUGCUCGCCGACGAAGAGGGUGAAGACGCCGAAAUCGACGCCCUUGCCUCAGAGCGAGACGAAAAGACCUUUUUACUUGAUGAAGCGCUUCGAUUCCGCGUUGAAUUCAGAGAAGGCGGCGAGAAAGUCCUUGCCUGGAAGGACCUGAGCGGCGAUAACGGGGACCUAUAUGAAUUCGUUUGCGACAACUCGGUCCCGACAAAACAAGUCGAACAGUUCCUCUUGGUCUCUCAGAAGUGCCAAUACGAACGCAAAUACCGAAAACCAAACACGACGGCAUCUGACGACGAUCUCGAUCAGUUCACGUUUCACGAGGAGCAACCCAUCCCUCCCGCCAGCCCUCUCCAUAGCCCCACCAUCAUCCGUUCGAUUGACGACUCUAUCGAAGAUAUGUUUUCACACAAGCCUGCUGCCAAUACGGGCGCCAAGCGAUCAGUCCCUGAGGCCGAACCCCUUGAGGCUGCCCCAGCUACCCCAGUUGCCCAAGAGAGUGCCCCUAUUGCCGCUGAAACCCAGCCAGAAGCACUCGAGAUUUAUGCAGCCCAACCUGCUGAGCUUCAUCUGUUUGAUCCCCAGCCUGGACACUUUGCUUUGCAGGACGAAUCUGUGAUUGCUACUGUUUCAGAGGUCGGAAAAUGGGAGUACUGGCUACAAAUUCAAAGUGGGGACAAGGCUUGGGUUGGCAUGCCUAUCCAAGCUGAGAUGAAUCCUGUCUUUGAUUUCAGCUUCUUGUCUUUCAUCUUCAACCACUUCGGAAGCGAUGGUGUUGCUCGAUCCUGGUUGCUUCGCUUCAAGGAUCAAAGUUCGCUCGAAAAGUUCCAGGAGGGUGUCAUGCAGGCCAUCUGGGAGCAGCUCAACCAGGUCAAGUGGAAGAAGGUUGAGGAGAAGGAUCGUGAAUACGUUCUCGAUGCGUUUGGUGAUUUAACCAUGGAGGACGCUCCUGAUAUUCCAGAGGAAGAGGAGGAAGAGGAACAAGAUACCCAGUCCGAUGAUGAGGGUGUUCGCAAUGAAGAGUACGAUACGGACGAAGAAUAUGACAACCCUGAAGUUCAAGACCAGGGUGGCGAUGUCAACUCUCAACUUGCUGUUGGCUACAAGCACGAUCGCUCCUUCGUCGUGCGUGGCUCCAAGAUUGGUGUGUUCAAACACACUGACAACAAUCGCCUGGAAUUCUCCACCAAUAUUUCCAAGGUAACCACUCCCAACGGCGCUCUCAUGAGCCCCAAGAAGGUCAUGUUGCACUCGGAAGACAGAGAUUUGAUUUUACAAAAUCAAAAUGAUCCAAACAAGCUCUACCGCAUGGAUUUGGAGUACGGCAAAGUCGUCGAUGAAUGGAAUGUACACGAUGAUAUCCCUGUCGUGACUUUUGCACCGGAGAAGAAGUUCUCACAGAUGACAUCAGAGCAAACCUUCCUGGGUGUGUCUGGCAAUGCGCUGUUCCGUGUUGAUCCCCGUCUUUCAGGCCAAAAGCUUGUCGACGCAGAGCUGAAGCAAUACGCUACCAAGAACGACUUUUCAGCUCUCGCUACCACAGAAAAGGGAUAUAUCGCGGUGGCAAGCAACAAGGGUGACAUCCGCUUGUUCGACCGUCUCGGCAUUCGCGCCAAGACAUCGUUGCCCGCUCUCGGUGAUCCCAUCAUUGGAAUGGAUGUCUCUGCAAAUGGCCGCUGGAUUCUCGGUACCACCAAGAACUACAUUCUUCUCAUCGAUGCUGAACAGAAGACGGGCAAGAAUGAAGGAAAACUUGGCUUCGAGAAGCCUUUCUCCGCAGACGCAAAGCCUCAUCCUCGUCGACUGGCCCUUACUCCUGAGCAUGUGGCUCAGUUCUACCACGAAACCGGCAAGCCCGUGACAUUCACACCAGCCAAGUUCAAUACUGGUCUCGACGGUAGUGAGGAGACUUCUAUCAUCACUGCAACUGGACCUUAUAUUGUUGAAUGGAGUUUGAGGAGAAUUCUCAAGGGAAUGAAGACCCCCUAUAAGAUCAAGAGAUACGAGGAAGAGGUUAAGGCUGAUGACUUCAAGUUCGGUUCGGACAAGAACGUCAUCGUUGCCCUGCCUAACGAGGUUAACAUGGUGGCGAGGCAGAGCCUGAAGAAGCCAACCCGCGAGAGUAUCAUUGGCGACAUUCGCCUGAGCACUCCGAGAAAGAGCUCGGGAAGACUGGGAAGUCUGAAGCUUGGCCGCGAUGACAUUGUGAAUUCGCCAUACUAA